AUGGCUUCACGCUCACCCUCUAUCGCUCCUGCAUUUAUGCGACAGCUAUAUUUCCAGUCACAGCGCCACUCUUCCUUCCUCCGCGCUCCUCUUGCCCACCCAGUCGCAAACCUAAACUAUCAGCCCUUCCGCGCAACGCACAGCAUCCCAAGGCCACCUCCCCCAAUCUACGCCAAACCAAAGGCUGAGCAGGCGAAAGUGGGUGAGGAACCCAAGAGCGAAGGCGAGAGGCCAGAUAUCAAGGCCUCACAUUAUCAACUAUCAUUUACCUGCGUUCCCUGCGGCCAUCGCUCCCACCACAACGUAUCCAAACAGGGCUACCACUGGGGGUCAACGCUCAUCACAUGUCCCGAAUGCCGCAAUAGACAUGUCAUCAGUGAUCACCUAAAAAUAUUUGGUGAUAAGACAGUCACCAUCGAGCAAAUUCUACAGAGGAAGGGUCGGUUAGUCAAGCGGGGCACCCUGGGCGAGGAUGGUGAUAUUGAAUUCUGGCAUGAGGAGCAUCAACCAGUGCCCUUGAAAUCAGAGGCCUUGAAAAAGGACAAGAGAAGCUCGGAUUAA